AUGUCAACUCACCAAGACUCUGAACCAAAUAAUAUGACCGAACCCUCAAAUGACUCUGAACAAUUGGCAAUAAUUGAUAUGAAUUUCCCUCUUCAGCCUCUUUAUGAUAGACUCCUCAGUCUGUCGUUUACAGAGAGUGUAAAGGCUAUCGAACACUGUCGCGAUCUGUGCGCUCAAUUUGGAUUUACUGUAAAACAAGAAGCAAGUACACAUCGGAACAUUUACGUUUAUUGCUCGCGUGAAGGUGUCCCAGAUUCACUGCGUAAACGAGGAGCAACUCCUCAGCGUAAACGACCUUCAAAAAGAUGCGAUUGUAGAUGGCGUGUUGUAUUGUACGAAAAAGAAGGACGAUGGGAAUUCCGAAAAUCUCAGAAUCCAGAUGCGGCAAAACACAAUCAUGAGCUGAUGCGACCUGAUGAAAUCGAGAGAAACUGGCCAAAGGCUGUCAUUGAUAUGAUCUGUGAACUCGCCAGACAAAGGCUCACGACCCAAGAAAUCCGUACUGCUGUCAAGGAUCAGUUCACAACAAUCAGUUGGAACGAACGACGAUUCUACAAUCGCUUAUCUGAAGAAAGACAAAAGAUCAAACAUCGGGAAGCAGCCACUAGAGCGCGUAAUUUGACAGAACUGUGGACAAAAGUGUGCAUGGCGGCAGCUGGAAACGAGGAACUUUCGCGUUUUGUUGAAACAGAAGCAACAAAGAUCCUCGCAACUAUAUGUCAGACUAUCCAACUAGAACCAGAUACCCUCAGGCCACCUACCGAAAUAGCCGAAGAAACCGUCGAGCUGCUUGCGGUAGUAAACCCUACUCCGGUAGAGAAUGAUGAGCCAGAGGGAAGUAAUCGGGCUGGUAACCGUACAGGAGAAAAUAAUGCAAGGGGGCGCCGUGCUACAAGCCAACAGUUGCCUGUAGAUUCAGAAGAUAACACCCGGCCACCAGAAAAUCCGCCAUCAAGUGUAAAGACCAACAGACAGGGAUCAGGCACAAAUACAACAAAACCACCAGAAGCACCAAAAGGGUAUACCUCUGUCAUUGUCCCUCGACACACCUACUUUGUGAAACUACACAGCCUGCGUACAAUUGGUGAGCUUAAUAUUGCCCGCAAUUCUAUAGUAGCACGCGAGGGUUCGACCGCAGAUGAAUCAGGUUCAGAGACUGUGAGUCCUGCAAGGAGAGUAUUAAAGAGGACAAGAGACGGUACUUUGGUUGACCAGACACCUGGACCUGCAGAUGCACUACACGCUCUUCAGCAACAACAGCAACAGCAACACACCUUUUUGGCCGGAACACACCCACACAGAGCGCACCCGAUGCCCCCAGCCCCUGUUCCACAGACUAUGCACCAAGGCCCUUCCUCUUCAUCUCAAGCGCCCUUUGUAUACCAUCCCACAUAUGACAGCCACGGAAUGCCUAUAGGAGCACCUCUUCCUAACUAUGUCCACUCAACCUUUUACCACCACACAAUGCCUCCUCAGGCACCCAACAAUGGGUAUACACCAAACUCUGACCUAAACUUUCAUUUUAAUACAUCACAUGGUCCAAUGAUGAGACAACAUCCACAGGCCGGAAACAGUAACAGUGGUGGCAGUGGCAGUGGCAGUGGCAGUGGAAGUGGAAGUGGGAGCGGGAGUGGCAGUGGCAGUGGAAGUGGAAAUGGUGGCGGUUCUUCAUCAAAUGAUAACCGUGAACAGCAUGGACCUCACUCUGGACUUCAACCAAACAAUAUGAUACAAGGCAAAGCUCCUAGCUCUACUCCUACUCCUACUCCUUCUGCUCCUCCGUCUAAUAUAUCAAAUCAACCUCACCAUCAUGCCAUUCAGACCUUGACUAUUAUACACCAUCAACCCCCAACUCAAUAG